AUGCCGACAAUAUCAGUUAAACGCGAUUUACUUUUCGCUGCAUUAGGAAAAACGUACAGUGAUGAAGAAUUCCAAAAUCUCUGUUUUGAAUUUGGUCUAGAAUUAGAUGAAGUGACCACUGAAAAGCAGAUGUUAAUUAAAGAGCAAGGAGACCAAGCUGGUACUGGAGUAUCAGAGGAUAUAUUAUAUCGUAUUGACAUUCCUGCAAACAGAUAUGAUCUACUUUGCCUUGAGGGACUAGUAAAUGGGAUAUUAGUUUUUCAGGGAAAAAAAUCUCCCCCAAUUUACAACCUUAAAAAGUAUGAAGAUUGUUAUUCACUUCAUCUAACACCUGCAACUGCCCAAAUAAGACCUUAUGCUGUAGCAGCUGUACUCAAAGGUAUUUCUUUUACUAAGGAGAGCUAUGAAAGCUUCAUUGACUUACAGGAUAAACUACAUCAGAAUAUCUGCAGGAAGAGAACUCUAGUAGCUAUUGGAACUCAUGAUCUCGAUACAAUUCAAGGCCCCUUUGUUUAUGAUGCCUUACCCCCAAAUGAAAUAAAGUUUAAACCCCUGAAUCAAAGUAAAGAGAUGACAGCUUCUGAAUUAAUGGAGUUGUAUUCUACUCAUGCACAACUGAAGCAGUAUCUUAGUAUUAUCAAAGAUAGCCCAGUGUAUCCAGUUAUAAAGGAUAAAAAUGGUGUGGUUUUAUCUAUGCCACCAAUUAUUAAUGGGGACCAUUCAAAAAUUACACUAGACACCAAAAACGUUUUCAUUGAAUGUACAGCUACUGACCUGACCAAGGCUAUAGUAGUUCUGGAUACCAUAGUGUGUAUGUUUUCUGAAUACUGCACAAACCAGUAUGAGGUGCAACAGUGCAAAGUGUUUGCGCCAGAAGGCACAUAUGAGCUAUACCCACAACUGGAAUAUAGAGAAGAGUUAAUCAGUGUUGAUGAUGCUAACGAAUAUAUUGGAAUUAGCGAAGAUGGUGACCAUAUAGCGCAACUUUUGUCCCGUAUGUGUUUGUCGAGCUCACACUCCCAGGGCGCGGUGCGCGUGCGCGUGCCGCCCUCGCGCCACGACGUCAUACACGCCUGCGACCUGUACGAGGACAUCGCCAUUGCUUAUGGCUACAACCGCAUCGCGCGGCGGCCCUGCCACGUGCCGGCGGCCGGCGCGCAGGAGCCGCUCAACAAGCUGACGGAGCAGUUCCGGCAGGAGUGCGCGCACGCCGGCUACACUGAGACACUCACUUUUACACUUUGUUCAAAAGAAGACAUAUCGACCAAGCUAGGCCGCAGUAUCGAAGAGUUGCCGGCGGUGCACAUAAGCAACCCCAAGACCCUGGAGUUCCAGGUGGUGCGCACCACACUGCUGCCCGGACUGCUCAAAACCCUCGCCUCCAACAAGAAGAUGCCCCUACCAUUGAAGUUGUUCGAAAUCAGCGAUGUUGUAUUGAAAGAUGAGACGGCAGGGUCUCGUAAAUCCAGGAAGGUGUAUGUAUUCUGCAAUUUGACGACACGUUUGGCUCAGUUUGUAGUGACCUUAUUUGCUGUGCCAGCGGUUGCAGAGACGGGCGCGCGCAACGUGCGCCGGCUGUGCGCUGCGUACUGCGGGCGCGCGGCCGGCUUCCAGCACGUGCAUGGCCUGCUCGACCGCGUCAUGGCCAUGCUGCGGCAGCCCUGGCAUGUGGACACCGGGUAUUUUUUAAAGCAGUGCGAAGACCCAGCAUAUUUCCCAGGCCGAUGCGCAGACAUAAUUCUUCGGGGUAAAGUCAUCGGAAAAAUCGGAGUUCUCCAUCCUAAUGUCUUAACUGCUUUCGAAUUAACUAACCCCUGCUCUGCUGUAGAAUUCGAUUUUGAACUAUUUUUAAAUGACAAU